CUUUCAAAUAUAGGCGAAGAACCGCCAGUUUUCAGAGCUAGAGGGAGAGAAGCAGUGGCUAUGGCUAUGGCUCCGUUUCCGUCUCCAACUGAACGCAUAGUUGCUUCCGCUCUGCUUCUCCUCACCGCCACACCUCCGAAGUUCUGUUUGGACGACGAACGGGAGCGAAGCAAGAUCGAGAGUUGCAGAGGAAGCUCGGUUUCUGGCGAUUCCAUCAAGUCCUGCACUUCGUUGAUCACUACCAGCGAUAUCUCAACGGAUGAGAUUCGAGCUCGUAAGAUCAGGAUCAUGGCGCUUGCUGCUCUUCGUCGUCAGAUGAAUCUCAAGGUUGUUCGGAGAAGCCGCUCAAAGACUCAGACGACCUGGAAAACCAUCUCUGGAUCGUCCAAAGCGACGGCGUCGUUCGGAUCUGAGACCACAGAGUCUUCGUGCGUGUCCACCACCUCCAGCGCGGCUUCCAGCGCGCGAAGCCGAAGCCAGCACCACGUGUCGAGAUCAGGAUGGAGCAGUAUCAAGCUUGCGGUGGUCCGGGAGGAUCCGAUGAAACGAAGGCGGCUGACUUGGUCGUCUCACAUGCGCCGGAAAGCCGACGCCAUUCUGAAGCUCUUGUCCGGCGCCGGCUGGCUGUCUGAAGUCAAGAUCCGUCAGACCAUCGGUGACAGUCCUGACACCAGCAAAGCGCUCAGAAUGUUGUUGAAGCUAGAGAAGGUCAAAAGAGCAGGCUCUGGAGGCCCGUCACAAUCCUUAUGUUUACUCGGUAGCAUGAGAAGGUAGCUAGCUUGGUAGGUAGCUAAGGAGACCCGGUUGAGCAUGUACGGGUCGGGUCAGAAAUAAUGGGGUUUUAGCUAUCCGAUCCGGAUCCGCUCCCUUGAUUGGGUUGGGAAAAUUUUGGUAUAUGAUGGAUAGCUAAAGCUGCGAAUAUAAUAUAUAUUCUAGGUGUGUAUAUAGUGACACCAGAA